AUGGCGCUGUGUAGUAGAAGAGCAGUGUUGCCUUUUCUGGGAAUGGUGACUGUUAUUUUUAUUCAAGUUAGCAAUAUGGAAGUCAUCAAGGCUGCCAUCUCUAAGGGAACUGACAAAUAUGUCCUCAUCGUCUAUUCUCAGAUCCUCUGCACUCUCAUUUUUGUUCUUUGUUCCCUCAUAUUUCACAGAUCAGAGUGUCCUCCAAUGUCCUUCUCCAUUCUCUGCAAAUUAUUAUUGCUUUCAGUUUCUGGAGUGUUGGCACAGAUAUGCGCAUUUGUUGGCAUACAGUACAGCUCUCCUAUGCUCAGCACCGCAUUGCUAAACCUGAUUCCGGCUUUUACCUUCCUGCUUGCUGUCAUUUUCAGGAUGGAAAAAGUAAAAUGGAUGAGCACAAGUAGCCAAGCUAAGUCCUUAGGAACCAUUGUGUCGAUAGCCGGAGCAUUUGUUGUUACAUUCUACAGGGGCCCUCCGAUUAUAAAGAAAUUUUCUCAUCUCUCUGUCUUAUCUCUUGAUUCAUUUCUUUCACCACAAUAUUCAAGCUGGAUCCUAGGAGGAAUUUUCCUAGCGGCUGAUGCUUUUCUGAUUUCAGCAUGGUACAUUUUACAGGCCAUAACUUUCAGAAGGUUCCCAUCAGUGCUAAUCAUUGUGGCUUACCAAUCCUUCUUUACUGCCAUUAUGUCUACACUACUUUCUUUGAUUCUUGUUAAGGACCCGAAUGCUUGGAAGCUAGGACUUGACAUAGGACUGAUUGCCAUCUUUUACUCGGCGAUAAUUGGGUCAGGGCUUCGAGUGUGUUUAGUGACAUGGUGCCUGUCAAGCAUUGGACCUCUCUAUGUCUCAAUGUUCAAGCCCUUGGCCAUUGUGUUUUCCAUUGUCAUGGAUAUCAUCUUCCUCGGAGAGCCUCUUUGUCUUGGAAGCUUGAUUGGAGCAGUAAUAAUUGUAACAGGAUUUUAUUUUGUCAAGUGGGGAAACCUUAUAGAAGAAAAUACAAUCGAGGACAGGGAGGUGGAGAGUUCCAUUUUAUCCAGCCAAAAGGUACCGCUCCUGAAAAACAAGACGGAAAAUAUUUAAAACACUUCAUUUGCAUAUGCAUUUGAAU